AUGCAGACUCUGCCAAAGCUGCUUGGGAGCUAUUGCAUGGAGAAUUUCAUGGUGGAGAUCAUGUUAGAUCGACUGAAUGAUCUGAUUAAUCAAAUGAAAACAUAUGGUGAAGUGCUCUCGAAUGAGAGGCUUGUGCAAAAGGUUUUGAUUAGUCUUAGCAAGGUUUAUGACCCCAUUUGUUUAGUGAUUGAAAACACUAAGAGUCUAGAGACUGUGGAGUUGCAAGAGGUAAUUGCUAUUCUGAAAAGUCAAGAGCAGCGAUUUGAGUUACACAAUGCAGAUGCAACUGAGAAAGCUUUUGCCUCAUUCACAGUGAGUUCAAAAGGUCAGAAUAAAAAUGCAACUAAUUCUGGUCCAUCCAAGGCUCAGAAAAAUUGGAAUCCUAAAGGCAAACCUUGGGAAUCGAAAGGCAAGCCUCAAUGGAAUAAUUCUGCACAGACUCACAGCUCAUCUACAGGUCAAGAAGCUGUAAAACCCCAUUGCAAGGUGUGCUCCAAGUAUCACUUUGGAGAAUGCAGGUAUAAAGGCAAGCCAAAGUGUUACAACUGUGACAGGUUUGGUCACUUGGCUAGAGAGUGCAUUGCAGAGAAGGCUGUGCAAAAGGCAAACUGUGCAAGUCAAAAGGAGGUGGCUGGAAACCUGUUUUAUGCAAACUGCACUACCACUGAGUCAAAACCGAAUGGGGAUUGGUAUAUUGACAGUGGCUGUAGCAAUCAUAUGACAGGAAAUGUGGAUUUGCUUGUUGACAUAAGGACAAAUGUGGCUGGAAAGGUGCAGAUGCCAACUGGUGCUCUUGUGAAUGUGGCUGGCAUGGGUUCACUAGUUAUUGACACAACAAAUGGAAGAAAAUACAUUAGGGAAGUAAUGUAUCUUCCGGGCUUGAAAGAGAAUCUGUUAAGUGUUGGACAAAUGGAUGAGCAUGGAUAUUGUUGGUGUUUGGAGAUGGAAUGUGCAAGGUGUUUGAAAGCUCCUCAAUGA